UUGGAGUUCUUAACUUCAAAGCCAUGGCAACUGAUGAAGAUUUCUGUAAAAAUUUCUUGGUGGUUCAUGCCAAAGAAGCAAGUCUCUAUGAUAUUGCUUGUGUUUUGAUAUGUUCAACUAAUUCUCUAAACAAUAGAAACUUUUACAAUGAAAAAUGUGAUGGUAUGGAGGAGAUCGAGUCAACCCGUGAGAAGCUUUCGCAACGAUGGCUCAUUUUCGCCUCUUUACUUGCACAAAAAAUUCUUAUUUGGGCAAAUAAACCAAUGGCUCAAUUCGGGUUGUUUAUCGAGACAUGGUUGAAUCUUUUAUCAUGCAAUGGUGGCCUUUUUGGACUUCUAAUGAAUCGUAUACGAGGAAAGGUGGUGAAACCCGAGUCACCGGAAAAGUUUAUGUCGUUUAUCGGUGAACUUGACAAGAGGUUGAAACUCGAUGCAAGUAUUGAAACAGGCGAUGGUAGAUAUAACUCGUCGCUAGCCAUGAUGGCUGCAAAAUUGUCUUAUGAAAGCAAAGAAUUUGUUGAAGCUGCAAUACAAGAUCAAUUGAAGAUGGAUUUCAUUGACUUCUACGAAUUUUGGAAUGAUUACCAGGAUAAAUUCACAACAUAUGCAACCAUGUUUCAAGAUUCAACUUCAGACCCAAACUUGAUAGUAGUUGCAUUUAGAGGAACUGGCCCGUUUAAUGCAAGCGAUUGGAUGACUGAUGUCGAUAUCUCAUGGUACGAGCUCGAAGACAUAACACAAACUAAAACCAUUGGACGAAUCCACGGCGGGUUCAUGAAAGCACUCGGAUUACAAAAGGGCAAAGGUUGGCCAUCAGAACCCGAACCCCCACAAGAUCAAACUGUUGAACACCCUUUUGCUUACUACAAGAUCAGAGAAAAACUUAAAGAGCUUUUAGAAAGGAACCCAAAUGCAAAGUUUAUAGUAACGGGCCAUAGUCUAGGAGGGGCGUUAGCUAUCUUGUUUGCCGGAGUGCUUGGGUUACAUGAAGAGACGUGGUUGUUGAAGAGGUUAGAAGGGGUUUACACAUUUGGGCAACCAAGAGUAGGGGAUGAGUCUUUUGGGAGAUACAUGAUGAAGAUUAUUAAAGAUCAUAAUGUGAGGUAUUUUAGGUAUGUUUAUGGCAAUGAUAUGGUACCUAGAUUGCCUUACGAUGAUCGUUCUCUCUUCUUUAAGCAUUUUGGGCCGAGUCUAUACUUCAAUAGCUUCUACAACGGCAAGGUGAUGGAGGAAGAACCAAACAAGAACUACUUCUCACUAGUGUGGGUUAUACCCAAGUAUUUAAAUGCGUUUUGGGAGAUCAUUAGGAGUUUCAUUUUGCCAUAUUGGAAAGGCAAAGAAUACAAGGAAAAUCAUAUUGAGAGAUUCUUUAGGAUGGUUGGACUGAUAAUUCCAGGAUUAGCAGCUCAUGGUCCUAAAGACUAUAUUGAUGUAACUCGACUCGGGACUGACCUUGUACCAACUAUGUUGAACAUGACUAAUGAUGGACAAGCGGUGCAAAAAAAGGACUAAAGAGGGUAUCAGUCAAUCAGAUGGGGAUUGUGUUCACAACAUAAAAACUAACAAAUAAAACAACAUAAUUUUAUAGUUAUAUAUCUAUACUAUAUACAGGUGUGUAGAGUUUGACAAAAACUGAGUAAACAAUACAAACUGAACCAAACACAUACAUGGUUCUUUACAUAAUUCCUAUGCUGUAACUAACAAGCAUAUUCUAAUGACUAUACUAUUCUG